ACCCUACCGUCAACCGCGCUUGACGCCUAUAUAUAAACACCCCAGGGGGCUCUGGACAUUUCUCAACCAAAUCAUUGUUGUGGUAUCGAAGCUUGUUCUUUGGGUAAGGUUUCCGGAGCAAAGCCUUACCCCCAUUUUGAAUUCCUCUUCUUCGAUCAGGCUUCCUUUGUACGUUUAGAGAUCCAUCAAGCAAAGCACAUAUAUGGUUGAGUUAGACGUUGUGAUCCCAACUGCUUUUGAUCCAUUUGCCGAAGCGAGAGGGGCCAAGGAGUAUGUGCAUAUCCGUGUGCAGCAAAGGAAUGGGAAGAAGUGCCUGACAACAGUUCAAGGGCUGAAGAAGGACUUCAGCUACGAGAAGAUACUCAAGGAUCUCAAGAAAGAGUUCUGCUGCAACGGCAAUGUGGUUCAGGACAAAGAGCUUGGCAAGAUAAUCCAGCUCCAAGGCGAUCAGCGCAAGAACGUCCUCCAGUUUCUUGUUCAGGCAAGAAUUGUCAAGAAGGAGCAGAUCAAGAUUCAUGGUUUUUGAUCGAUCGAUGCAUGACUCGACUUUGGGGCUCAACUACCUAGUUUGCUACGUGGUGCUCCUAGUCCUUGAUCUGUGAGGCCCUGAUAUAUCUAUUGGUAUGUAAUAACUGGAUGGUUCGUCCGUAAUACGUGCAACUUAUUAUAGACUUCUCUCCUGGUUAGACGAUUUGUGGUAAACAUGUAUGUGGAAAUGUACCAAAUUUCAUUAAUGAUGUGCCUAAGGAAUGCAUUUGAUGAUAAA